UGGGGCUGAACUUUUGGACGGCGGAGCCGCUGCUGGAGGCAAUGUGGAUAUAGUAUUCAGUUUUUCAUUUCAUAGAUAACUGUGUUAAAAUAGUUACGUGAACAAACGGGUCGUGCAGAUGCCGCUUUGUCUUUUUCCCUCUUUCUUUCCUUCCCCGGUUCCGUGAGUGGUGUCCCUCGAGCGCGUUACUGUCAUUCAGAAAUACUACAGUCUCACGUGUUUGACCUUAGCCGAGAUAUCUUACUUUUCCUUUGGUUAUCGGUACUCGCAGCCCACUCGGAACACUUCGGUUAGAGUCGACUUCCUUCACUGCAAGUCUGCGUUUCGGUGACAGACACGUCUCUGUACGCCGGUGAAUUAUUUUGGUUUAAAAAAAAAAUCACGGGUGAAGUUAUCGCGGUCAUAAAAAUAAAUAGAAAAACCUUGGAGGGAGAACGGCAUGGUCAACGUGCAGGUCACCAGAGGGUAACAGACCGCGGAUACCUCAUCACUUCUUACAACAAAAGAGGCUGAGAAUUCUUCUUCCCGAACCUUAAUGGAGAUUCUCUGGGUCUUUCUGAUGCUGGAGGUGGUCCUGAUGUCCAGCGCUGCCAGAGGUCCACCCCGGGUGUCAGAGCGGGUGGCCCACCGGCAGAGCAUCCGUCUGGGGCGCACCAUGAAGCUGCCCUGCCCCGUGCAGGGCGACCCCCCGCCGCUCAUCAUGUGGACCAAGGACGGCCGCAACAUCCACAGCGGCUGGACGCGCUUCCGGGUGCUCCAGCACGGCCUGCGCAUCAAAGAGGUCGAGACGGAGGACGCCGGGACGUACAUCUGCAAGGCCACCAACGGGUUCGGCAGCGUGCACAUCAACUACACGCUCAUCGUUAUCGAUGACUCCAGCUUAAGAGGUGGACCCGGGAUGGCCAACGGGGACUCCGAACUCGCCCCGGAGCUGGCUGGGAAACUGGUUUCGACGCUCUCUCCCCUCGCAGUGCGUCCGCGCUUCACGCAGCCGUCAAAGAUGAGGAAGCGCGUCAUCGCUCGCCCGGUGGGCAGCUCGGUGCGGCUGAAGUGUACGGCGAGCGGGAACCCUCGGCCCGACAUCGUCUGGCUGAAGGACAGCCGGCCGCUGUUGGACGAGGACGCCGGAGCAGGAGGAGAAGGGAAGAAGAAGAGGUGGACCCUGAGUCUGAAGAACCUGAUGCCGAGGCACAGCGGGAAGUACACCUGCCACGUGUCCAACCGAGCGGGAGAGAUCAACGCCACCUACAAAGUGGAAGUCAUACAGCGUACCAACUCUAAACCGAUUCUGACUGGCACUCACCCCGUCAACACCACGGUGGACUACGGAGGAACCACGUCUUUCCAGUGUAAAGUCCGCAGUGACGUCAAGCCGGUGAUUCAGUGGCUGAAAAGAGUCGAACAGGGCGACGAGAACAAGUUCAACUCCACCAUAGAGGUCGGAGACCAUCGCUUCGUGGUCCUGCCGACAGGCGAGGUGUGGUCCCGUCCUGACGGAUCCUACCUCAACAAGCUGCUGAUAACCAGAGCCAAGGAGGAGGACGGCGGCAUGUACAUCUGCCUGGGAGCCAAUACGAUGGGCUACAGCUUCAGGAGCGCCUACCUGACGGUGCUACCCGAUCGAAAGGCCCAAAACAACGCCGUCCCCACGGCGACAUCCCCCAGCCUCCCGUGGCCCGUCAUCAUCGGGAUACCUGCAGGCGUCGCCUUCAUCUUAGGCACCGCCCUCCUCUGGUUCUGCCAAUCGAAACGCACCUGCUCCUCCUCUUCUUCCUCUUCUUCUUCUUCUUCUUCUUCGUCCUCCUCUGCUCUUCCCGCUGCCCAGCGUGCCCCUGCGGCCAAUCGCGACCGAGCCGGCCCGACGCUGCCUCCUCAGCCGGCCAACGGGGAUAAAGAUUGUCUCUCGUACGAGGACUACGUGGCCCAUCAGCAGCUGCUCCUGGCUCAGGGAGGCGCUGCGUUGGCGUCCAAGGUCUACCCGAAGAUCUACACGGAUAUACACACGCACACGCAUUCGCACGUGGACGGGAAAGUGCACCAGCACCAGCACAUUCACUACCAGUGUUAGCACGCUUGGUGGUCAACAUGUCCAUGGACAUGUCCCCCGGGGCAUGCAGACUCCUUCACAACAGUCCAGACAAGCUGCUGACAAUAUUCAGAAACACGGGGUGACGCAACUCUUCCUCAUCCUGCUGCGGCCCCGUCAUCACGACAACACAGACUUAUUCAAGACGCAAACUAUGAAGAAUGUAAAGAAAGGCAAAUCUGGACGCCGAUCCAGAGAAAUCUAUGAGAGAAAAACCCUGACACAUGUUUUAUUCAAAAUGUUUUUGACAUAAAUUUUUUUUAUUUUCUGUAGAUUUUUAAACCUCCUUUAUUUUUUCUUCUUUUAGUACUUUGGACACAACCACAACCUCCUCAGUAUCAGUCGAAAUAGCUACACUAGCUAAUUACUAAAGCUACUCAUGUACAUAAUGGAAUACGAUUAUAUGGCAUUUAGCGGGCUACUUCAUCCUGUGUGAUCUAUUUAGAACAAUAUAGCAUGUAUGGAAUAUAAUAGCUUAAUUUCAGAGUAUAUCUCAGGCAUCAGCCCAUCUGAGCCAUAACAAACACAAAUCAAGGCAAACUCCCACCGUAUCCACAACCUCUGCAAGGAUGAAGGCUGCUGGUUUUUUGUUGCUGUCCAGCUGCUAUCUGGGUACCGUGUCACGGCAAACUGAGUUACAGAGUUCAGACCGCCUGAAUCCCUCUCGGUCGAUCGGUUUGAGAAGCAGCUACAGUGCGGCUUCCACUCCGAACGAGGAGGUCCUCCAGCCUUAAAGUACAGUUUGUGCCCCUUUUCCUUCCUGGGGAAAAGGGUGGCACUUCCCGUUUCACGUUGUCGCCUUAUCAACUUUGUUUGAUGCUCAUACGUUCAACCUUCUUGAGCAAACCGUGCAAAGGAAUCAUCAACAGUGCCUCGGUGUAAAGUGGAGCCUUCCUCAGAAUUGUUUCCCGAUCUCACGGAUCACUGUCGGAUCAUUGGAUGUGUCGCAUCUUCUUGUAAAUCUCUCGCGUGAUUUAGAUGACAUAAAAGAGAGGCAAUUCAUCUUGAACUCUUUGACUUUUGAGUCCUCAAGUCUUAUUCUGAAGGCGCUGCACAACAUGACCUGAGGCUCUGUUCUCCACACGUGGUUCGUGACGAGGCAGAGGGACUCGUCUAGUCUGUAUCUGAAGAGGUGCAUUGUGGGAUAAAGGGCUGCCUUCUCACCUGCAGAGCUUCCUGUCACGCCCAUCAGGGAAAUAUAAGCAUCAAGACGUUUUCGAUGCUGAAAGGGUUCAAAAGAGGGGAUUCUGCUUUAAACUGACAGAUAUCGGCAUCACACACAUUUAGAGACAUAUAUAUAUUCUACAGAAAGUUAUGUUAAGUAAUACAGCCGCACCAGCUGACUAGUACAUCAACUCCUCUCAGUGUGUCAUGACAAUUCAUUCAUUCGAAUGGUUGAUAUGUCCAACGAGGGUAUUUAAAUCCGUAUGUUUUGAUUCACUCAUCGGUAGAUUUCCUUUUAAUUAUAUUGACAAGCUAAAUGAUGUUUUAAAUAAUGAAUCUUCUCUCUCUGUGAUUACAGUCUGCUCUCGCCUCAACCCUGCUUAUACAACGAUUGGCUUUGGUAAAGUUCCCAGCAGCGCUCCUCGUGGCUUCCCUCCUCAGAGGGCUAAUCAGCCAGAUUAAGUGAAAACACCUGUGUGGGCGUUCGGAGCCUUUGAUGUGUGCUCCGCGAGGUCACCUGCAGCUGUGGUGAGUGAAGCAAUUAGUCGACGGUACAAGCGAUCCGAGAGUAAGCUGCGCUCAAAGCCCACAUAAGCUCAAGCUCGAUCUCGACCUAGCGACACUAGUUGAGCUUUGCUCGGUGGGUUUAACUUUAGGACCUGCAAGCAAAGGUGGGAACGCUUUGAGGGAUCCACAAACGCCCUCAGAGCGCGAUGAAAACAAGUUUUCAGCCAACAUUUGAAUUCCGACAUGUAAAGAUGACUUCUAGAAACGCAAUAACUAAAGCGUCACAUCAUCUGCGAAGUUGUUGAAGUCGACUUUGGGUUUUUCACCGUGCCGUAGUGCGCUGGGUGUUGACAUACUGACUCCCACCUUCUCUUGUUACUCGGUUCGCUCGUGUAUUUUAAUAAUCUGUUAGUUCGUUGGUUGUAUCGGUGCGUUUGGACGUUCACUCCUGGCAGACGGAUCAAACCAAAUUGGAAACCGGCCCCAACGAAACCUUUUUGGUUCAAAGCCAAGCCGCCGCUGACUUUCUCUCAGGAGUCCAUCUUGUUGUUCCUGUGUGUGGAUGUGAAUCUGACCACUAUAGAGAACGUUUGAAAAAAGGAAAUGCUGACAUCAGCUGUUUAACAUUACGGCGCUCUCACGCCAUGUGACGUAACGUAAUGGUUGAAACAUCGGGCGGACUCCCUCCAGAGAUGGAUGAAAUAUGAAAAGAUCACAAAUAUAAAGGGGAAAUAAACUGUUGGCUUGUCACGUCGUUGAUUGCACAAGUAAGUGUUUCACUUUGCAGAGACGGGACGAAAUGCACCGGUGAGAACUUUACAAGUGUGUGUUUUAACAAGCAUGUGACAGGAAGUGAUAUAUUGAAAUCACCUGGUAACUUAAGUUGCACAUGUGGUCGUUCUUAAGCGUGGGUUGUUGCACAUAAAUGUUUAAAGUCGAGUUCAAAUGUACUUCAUAUAUGCCCAAAUACUAUUCAAGCGUUUUUACAAACAUUCAGUCCUUGCAUAUUUUGAAUCCGUUUUUUUGCAUUAUUGAAUGAUACGCCCUUUGGGAAGGUGUAGCCUAUAAAAAAAUGCAUAUUUCAGAUAAGAUGAGCCACACAUACCUUCACAAACACAUAUUGAACUCAAUGAAUUAACGUGAAUCUCAAGCCUGUGACCUUGUUCUUCCCCCCAGUGUCCCCCGCUCUUCUUUCCUGUAUCACAAUUGAAAUAAAGCGACAGUAUGUCAGAGCACAAAGAAUAUCAUACCACAAAAAGGAUUUCCUCGCCAGAAACAAUAUGAAUAUAGAUCUUGAAAUAUGGCUUUCCCUCGGACAUGUAUCUCUUGUCCUCCCGUCUUUUCUGUUUUGAAACAUCUGUCGUCGAAGUCGCCCUGAGCAUCCUUUAUGUUUUUAAUAUUUGCUUCUAAUGUUGGAUCAGUGGAGCAUCUUUUCCACUCGUGUGUGAACCCAGUUCAGUUGUAUUGUAUCAAAGCUAGAAAGACUGUUUCACCACCAGCAUGUUCAUGGAGUGACGUUAGCGUUAGACAUCGUAUGUGUUCGAUCCUUUAAUGAGACUGUUCCGGUCCAGUAUCCACACAUUGGCCCUCUAAACAUUACAAAUGCUAAAUUGUCUCGAAGAUUUAAAAAAAGAAAGUGUGUUUCUAAUUUAUUUUAUUUUCAACACGUUUUUGUUUUCAUAUAAUUGGGCAUUAUACUGCACGAGUGGAUUGUGUGCCACGAGCUAUGUAGCGAAUGCCACACGUCAUUGUAAGAUACUGUAUUUAUACGUCCCGACGGAAUAUACGAAAUGUUAUCGAUAAUCUUUGUAUCGACAAUCUUGUACAGUCUAUUGUCAUUUAGGUUAACAUUUAGUUGUUCCCAUUGUAAUCGUUUUAUUGGUGCCAUUAAAAAAAAGAAGGUAAACCUA